AUGAGCGACACUAUCUGUUUCUUCGGCGCGACAGGCGGAACUACUAAUGCUUCCCUGACUUUGACACUUACAUCUCAAUCACACGGAGCGAUUGCGUUAGUGCGCAAUCCAGACAAGCUCAGACAACAGCUCAUUUCACAGCAAAAAGUGGACGAGUCACUGAUCGACAAGAAGCUUACUAUCGUGCAAGGAAAUGCACUAGAUGUUGAAGAUGUCAAACGAGCACUAUUGGCGAACAUCGUAGCUGGCAAGGACGAUCGUCUGCCGUUCAUGCUGAAGUCUGGCCUGGGAGGAGCUCCCGCGUUACAGUUCGACAUAUAUCACCCGCUUCAUAUCAUCACGCUCAAUAACCCUAUUCUUUGCGAAUCAGCGGCCAAGACUCUUGUCUGUGGGUUGUCAGAACUCUAUGCUGAGCAACCCGGUCUCGCCCAGAACAAGCCAGCAGUGACAUUUGUGUCUACAACUGGAGUGUCACGCGGUGCUGAAGACGUACCUUUGGCUAUGCGCUUCCUAUACCACCAGCUAUUAGCCGUUCCGCAUGCUGAUAAGCGAAAGAUGGAGGACACAUUUCGAGAUAAUAUGCUGGAAGAUGCACCAGUUUUCAAGAGUGUGACGGGUAUUCGUCCGACUUUGCUUUCGGGAGCAGGAAUUAUUGCUGAAGGAAAGGGUCUGGAAACUGUGCGAGCUGGUACUGAAUGCAAGCCGGAGACGGGAUACACCAUCAGUAGGGCAGAUGUUGGUUCGUGGGUUUUCGAGAAUGUUAUCAGAACUCAAGGCAAAGGACGUUGGAUUGGUGAGAUGGUGAGCUUGACGUCGUAA